AUGCUAAUAGACUCUUUGAUGAGGAAUUACAGCAGGUAAACUACAACAGUGUUUUUCACCAAUCCCUCCUUUAAAUUUCAGAAGUCAAAGCCCAUCAAAAAAGCCGGUGCCAGUAAAAGUUGAGGUCACAAUCCAGGAUAUUUCCGAAUUAUCCGUUCUAUCAAACAGUUUUACAGCUGACUUGUGGUUCAGGUUAGUCAAAUCCGAUAAAAAAUAUAUUAUCCUUCACAAAUUUUACGUUCUCCAUGAGAAAACUGAAUAAAAUCCCAAUCUUUCCAGUUCCCUCUGGCAAGACGAGCGUUUAGCCUUUGACCAUUUGGAUCACUGUCGGCAAAAUCUCUCAUUUGAUGAUACUUUCGAGAGCCGGAUUUGGUCACCAAAUGUUUGUAUCGUCAAUUCAAAGGUCUCAAAAGUGCAUACAUCCCCGAAACCGAAUGUUUUACUCAUGUUGAUGCAAAAUGGAACCGUUUGGCUGAACUAUCGAGUGAGUUGAAAACAACUAUAACAGCACUUUGGCCUGGAUAAUAUCAAAAAAUACACUUUUUGAUACAGGGUGGUUCAGCCGAAGCUUCCAUUAUUAUUUCAAGUAUUUCUCCGCCAAUAACGCAUCAAUUUCUAUAAAAUUUAUAUCAAAUUGAAGCUGAGGUACUCCAUUUUUUGUCUACCAAAUUUAAGCUGCCCAAGUUCACGGAUGCCCUCGUACUGACCUUUGACAUUUUCAUUCCAAAUUUUGGAGACCGAAAUCGGUGAAACUUAGAAAAUUUUUGCAAUGAUUUUCAGUUGAGUUCUCUGGCUUCGAAAAUAUUCGAGUCCUUGGCAAAAUAAGAUACUUAGAAGUGAAAAAAUUGACGGCAGUCAACGAAAUACUCGAAAUUUGGAAUGAAAAUGUCAAGGGUCAGUACGGGAGCCUCCGUGAACUUGGGCCCGUCAUAUUUGGUGGACAGAAAAUGGGGUAUCUCAGCUUCAAUUUGAUAUAAAUUUUAUAGAAAAUGGUGCAUUAUUGGCGGAGAAAUACUUGAAAUAAGGAAGGAAGCUUCGGCUGCACCACCCUGUAUCAUCCACGUCAAAUUGACCUCAAAUCAUUAUUACUUUACUUUAUCACUUCCACAUAGUAAAAAAUACUCUUUCAGGUUCGAGUGGAAGCCCCUUGCGUCUACGAAUUGAGCGAUUUCCCGAUGGAUAAGAUUGUUUGUUCCUUAUAUCUCGAGAGUUACAGCUACAACACUGCUACCGUCAAGAUCGAUUGGCUAGAGAAUGCUGUCACCUUGGCUACAACCGAGUUCUCCGCCUCCGAUUACGCUUUUGUUGGGAUCAAACACGCAAAACAUACGGAAGUGGGUCGAAAUUAAAUUACUUCAGGCAAAAACCAAAUCAUUUCACCUAAUAUCCUGCUCUUUCAGUAUUACAAAGCAGGAGAAUGGUAUCGGCUAACUGUGGACAUUCAAUUCAAGCGGCGAUAUGGGUUUUACAUUCUCCAAAUCUACAUUCCCAGCUAUAUUUACGUGGUUAUUUCGUUCAUAACCUUUGUAAUCGAGCUCAAAGCAUUGCCGGCGCGGGUAAUCUUGACUGUAAAUACGUUGAUGUCACUCUGCCUACAAUUCGGCAACAUAAUCGGGUCACUUCCGCCAGUUUCUUAUGUCAAAGUAAGGCUUCACACAAGGACAAUAUAAAAACCUAAUUUUUCUCUCAAAAUCAAAAUUUCAGAGCAUCGACUACUUUAUGUUCACUUGUAUCGCGUUCAUCUUCGCUUCCACCGUGGAAUUGGCAUUCAUCGCGUAUCAGGUAUCGCCGUAAUCCUAAUCAAAAGUACUGUAAUUUUUAGGAGAAAAAGCUAUUCAUGAGUUCGCUGCGCUUCAACUUCUCUCUAAAGAGCAUCAUCUCUUGCCGGUGGGUUUACACAGAGCCAGCUAAGGAGGUGAGUCCAAUAUUAUUCAUCACCUAGUAUAAUAUCAUUAAAACUAAAAUUUCCCUUCAGCAUGACGAAGAAUACGAAUUACUCCGGCUACAACGCCGGUUCCAGAAAAAUAACUGGCGAUUGAGAAAGAAAUUAUUCAUGGAUCGAGGCUCGAGAAUCGACAAGAUCAGUUUUGUCAUGUUUCCAACGGUAAGAAAAUCAAAUUUCGAUAAAAAUUUUACCAAAUUAAUACAAUUUCAGGCAUUCCUAUUGUUCAAUCUGCUCUAUUGGGGAUUCUACCUCACCAAGACCCGCGGAAACGACGAGUUUUGA